UCCGGUGAGCGCGCUCGCAUCAGAUGAAGCUUGCUGACAGCGUAAUGGCAGGGAAAAGCUCGGAAGGCUCCAUCAAAUGGCAGCUCUGCUACGACAUCUCAGCCAGGACCUGGUGGAUGGAUGAAUUCCAUCCUUUCAUCGAAGCCCUGCUGCCCCACGUCCGGGCCUUCGCCUACACAUGGUUCAACCUGCAGGCCCGCAAGAGGAAGUACUUCAAGAAGCACGAGAAGCGCAUGUCCAAGGAGGAGGAGCGCGCCGUGAAGGAUGAGCUGCUCAGCGAGAAGCCCGAGGUCAAGCAGAAGUGGGCGUCGCGUCUCCUCGCCAAACUGCGCAAGGACAUCCGGCCCGAGUUCAGGGAGGACUUCGUGCUGACGGUGACGGGGAAGAAGCCGCCGUGCUGCGUUCUGUCCAACCCCGACCAGAAGGGCAAGAUGAGGCGGAUCGACUGCCUGCGCCAGGCGGACAAAGUGUGGAGGCUGGACCUGGUCAUGGUGAUUUUAUUCAAAGGGAUUCCCCUUGAAAGUACUGACGGGGAGAGGCUGGUAAAGUCUCCUCAGUGUUCGAACCCCAGCCUGUGCGUGCAGCCGCAUCACAUUGGAGUUUCAGUCAAGGAGCUGGAUCUGUACCUGGCCUACUUUGUCCACGCAGAAACCGGCCAAUCAGAGAGCCCCAACCAGGCCAGCGAAUCAGACAUCAAGGAGCAGCCAGAGAACGGUCACCUGGGUUUUCAGGACAGCUUCGUGACGCCCGGCGUUUUCACGGUGGCCGAGUUAGUACGAGUCUCGCAGACGCCCAUCGCCGCUGGCACCGGCCCAAACUUCUCAUUGGCUGACCUGGAUAGCUCCUCCUACUACAGCAUGAGUCCAGGAGCCAUGAGGAGACCGCUGCCCAGCACCUCCUCCUCCAGCUCGGCUAAGAGGAUAAAGUGCAUGGAGGAGGACGUGGACAGUCCAGGGGAGGAGUCCUACUACCCGGGUCAGGGCCGGUCUCCGGGCAGCGGGAGCCAGGCCAGCAGCUGGCACGACGUGGAGCCAGCGAGCCCCCACGCCCCCCCCUCCAGCCUCCACUUCUCGUCCUCCCCCAUCCUGCAGCAGCCCGGCUCCUACUUCUCCCACCCGGCCAUCAGGUAUCACCCGCAGGAGACGCUCAAGGAGUUCGUCCAGCUGGUCUGUCCUGACUCCGCCCAGCAGGCCGGACAGGUGGGCUUCCUCAACCCUAACGGUAGCUCCCAGGGAAAAGUCCACAACCCCUUCCUGCCGACGCCCAUGCUGCCUCCCCCGCCGCCUCCCCCGAUGGCCCGGCCUGUCCCCCUGCCCGUCGACACCAAGCCGCCCUCCACCUCCUCCACCGAAGGAGGGGGCAACUCGCCCACCUCACCCACCUACUCGACUCCCACCACAUCUCCAGCUCAGCGGUUCGUCAGUGUUGGACCCAGAGACCCCGGCUUUAACAUCCCUCAGCAGCCACAGUGGUACCUGGGAUAAGGACUUCAGAGGCCCCGCCCCCUCGACCUACCUGUCCGACAGAUCGCUGCAGCCCCCUCCUCCAACUCCGACCUUUUUGACGCCAGCUGCAACAGUGAGCCCCAUCUCGUCCUGCCCUAUCACGC